AUGGGAUUGAGGAAAGGCCAGAAGAGGCUGCUGCUCAGAGACUCAAAGGAAGAGGCUGCUGACAUAUACGAUACAUUUGACAUGAGAGUGGAUCGCCACUGGUCUGAGAAGAAACUAGAGGAAAUGACUGAGAGAGAUUGGAGGAUCUUUAGGGAAGAUUUCAACAUAUCUUACAAAGGUUCCAGAAUUCCCAGGCCUAUGAGGAGUUGGGUUGAAAGUAAACUGAGCAAUGAGCUAUUGAAAGCUGUUGAGAGGGCUGGUUACAAAACCCCAUCUCCCAUUCAAAUGGCUGCCAUUCCUCUUGGUCUCCAGCAAAGAGAUGUCAUUGGGGUUGCCGAGACUGGUUCAGGUAAAACAGCUGCCUUUGUUCUUCCAAUGUUGACUUACAUCACCAGACUCCCUCCUAUAAGUGAAGAAAACAAGGCUGAGGGACCAUAUGCACUUGUCAUGGCACCUACCAGAGAACUUGCACAGCAAAUCGAGGAUGAGACUAACAAGUUCGCCCAUUAUCUUGGCAUCAAAGUUGUUUCCAUUGUUGGUGGACGCCCAGUUACAGAACAAGCAUUUGAGAUUAGCCAAGGGUGUGAAGUUUUCAUUGCUACACCUGGGCGACUUAAAGAUUGCCUGAAGAACCAAUAUGCUGUUCUAAACCAGUGUAACUAUAUUGUUCUUGAUGAGGCUGACCGUAUGAUUGACCUGGGUAUGGAGCCCGAAGUUGUAGAGGUUCUGGAUGCAAUGCCAUCAAGCAACUUCAAACCCGAGAAUGAAGAUGAAGAACUUGAUGAGAAAAGAAUCUACAGAACCACUUAUAUGUUCAGUGCCACCAUGCCUCCAGCUGUGGAGAGACUAGCCAGGAAAUACUUGAGAAACCCUGUUGUGGUUACAGCUGGAACUGCAGGAAAGGCAAACGAUCUCAUUACACAGCAUGUUAUCAUAGUAAAGGAAUCAGAGAAAAUGCAUAGGCUGCAAGAAUUGCUUGAUGAAGUUGUGGAUAAGAAAGUCAUUGUGUUUGUUAACACUAAAAUAACCGCUGACCAUGUAUCCAAGAAACUGGAAAAGUCAGGUUACCGUGUGACAAUCUUGCGUGGUGGCAAGUCACAAGAACAGAGGGAAACGAGUCUUGAAGGUUUUAGGACAAAAAGAUUCAAUGUAUUAGUUGCUACAGAUGUUGCAGGGCGUGGGAUUGAUAUUCCUGAUGUGGCUCAUGUCAUAAACUAUGACAUGCCUGGUAAAAUUGACAUGUAUACUCAUCGAAUAGGGCGUACAGGUCGUGCAGGGAAGACGGGUAUAGCUUCAACAUUCUUGACUCUUCAUGAUACUGAUGUGUUUUAUGAUUUGAAGCAGAUGCUGACACAGAGCAACAGUCAUGUGCCUCCUGAACUUGCCAGGCAUGAGGCUUCAAAGUUCAAGCCUGGAUCCAUUCCUGAUAGACCACCUAGAUGA